UGGGGCAUUGUGUGAUUUGUGCUGCUCGUAAAAUUACUAGAAAAAAAAUUCAGAAAAAAAAAUUUUUUUUUUUUAAUAAAAAUGUCUUGGGAUAGUUUGCCCUUCUUUAAUGAGGAGCGAAUCGAUGAGUUGGAAAAUCAGUUUAUAAUACGCUUUCCAGUGGGGCAGGCGGACGUUGUGCGAGAUGCCAUAGAUGCGGGUAAUAUCAAUGAGGUAUUAUCCAUUCAUCUGUAUAAUGAUAUGCGAACCGCUGAGGUUUGGGUGAACUCAAAUCAGUUGUACGCCAAGCUGGUUGAUUUGCCCAACCUAGUGGAGAGCUAUAAAACAACCGACAAUGUCAAUUUAUAUAAAACGGCUGAUAUCUGUCAGCUGCUAGUUUGCUCUGAAGACCAACCAAAAGAUUGGGAGAAGAAUUUACCAAAAUAUGACGAUGACGAGCAACUAAAGGCAUUUGACAAUGAGCUAGGAAUUAAUGACUUAGACCUAAACUUUUGGUAUCAAUUUCCAUUUGGUUGGUUGGAUAGUGCGGAUUUUGAGCUAGGGAAACAACCAGAUGAGGAAAAUAUAGGUCUCAAGAUAUACAGUUCAGAUACUGGAAAAAAUGGCAAGAAAAACCAAAAACAAACAGAUAAUUUAGUACCUAAGAAGCGCGGGAGACCCCGCAAAAAUGCUACGAUUGAAUCGCAGAUGCCGGGAUUACAGCAGGAGGCGGGUGGAGAACAGAUGCCGAUCGUAAUGCCGACUCCGGCUGGAGUGCAGAAUGAAAACGCACCCAAGAAGCGUGGGAGACCCCGUAAAAAUGCUACGACUGAAAUCCAGAUGCCAGGAUUACAGCAGGAGGCGGCUGGAGAGCAGAUGCCGAUCGAAAUACCAACUCUGUUUGCAACUCCGAAUCAAACUGCACCCAAAAAGCGCGGUAGACCCCGCAAAAAUGCUACGACUGAAAUCCAGAUGCCAGGAUUACAGCAGGAGGCGGGCGGAGAGCAGAUGCCGAUCGUAAUGCCGACUCCGGCUCCGACUGGAAUGCAGAAUGAAAAUGUACCUAAGAAGCGCGGUAGACCCCGCAAAAAUGCUACGACUGAAGUCCAGAUGCCAGGAUUACAGCAGGAGGCGGGCGGACAGCAGAUGCCGAUCGUAAUGCCGACUCCGGCUCCGACUGGAAUGCAGAAUGAAAAUGUACCUAAGAAGCGCGGUAGACCCCGCAAAAAUGCUACGACUGAAAUCCAGAUGCCAGGAUUACAGCAGGAGGCGGGCGGACAGCAGAUGCCGAUCGUAAUGCCGACUCCGGUUGGAAUGCAGAAUGAAAACGUACCCAAGAAGCGUGGGAGACCGCGCAAGAAUCCGACGACCCAGCCGGCCGGACAGCAGAUUCCGGUUGAAAUGCAGAAGCAGGGUAUCACUUGCUUCUUUCCUCUCGGAAGGAAGAAUGUGCUCGGAAUGCAGCCGAAGCCGGGCACUCAGCAAAAGCCGCUCGAAAUGCCGACUCCUGUUGGAAUGCAGCCGCCGGCUGAUGAGCCGCCGAGCAUCAGUCGCUUUUUCCCUCUCGGAAAGAAGGCGCUCGGAAAGCAGUCCCCGAUCGGAAAGCAGUCCCCGAUCGGAAAGCAGUCCCCGAUUGGAAAGCAGAUGCCGGGCACUCAGCAAAAGCCGCUCGAAAUGCCGAUUCCUUUUGGAAAUAAGCCGCCGGCUGAUGAGCCGCCGAGUAUCAGUCGCUUUUUUCCUCUCGGAAGGAAGGCACUCGAAAAACCGACACCGGCUAUGAAUCAGGAGCCGAUGCCGCGUGGAAUGCAGACACCGAUCGGAAUGCAGAUGCCGGGUUCACCGCAGUCAUCGGACGUAGAGCAAACGCCGAUUAAGAAACAGAAGAUGGAUAAAAAAGGUAAGGAGCCGAAGUCGGGGGAAAACCAGAAGCCCGAUAAGAAGAACAAGUCUGAGAAUCAACAGAAAUCGUCGGGUAAGGAGCAGCAGUCGGGUGGAAACCAACAGCCGGGUAAGGAGCAAAAGGCGGAUGACAAGGACAAGUCCGAUAAGAAGCGUACGCCGGACGGAAAGCAAAUGCCGACUCCGAUUGGAAUGCAGACGCCAGUCAAUAAGCCGCCGCUUAGCGGAAUGAAUGCUCCGUUCGAUAUGUCGACGCCGAUCGGAAUGUGGGCGCCGAACCAAAUGUUUACUCCGAACGAUAUGUUUAAUCCGAAUGAAAUGAUGCCGCCGGGCGAAAUGUGGACUCCGGACGAAAUGUGGUCGCCUGUUGGAAUGCAAACUCCGUUUGAUAUGAUGGCCCCACUUGGAUGGUGGUCGCCUAGUGGUUUGGAGACGUCGACUGAAGCAGGCAGCUUUGGACCAAGCUUUUUUGGAAUAGAAAGACCAAAGUCACCAGAAGAAGAGAAUACUAAUGAAAUCGUGAGAGUGGACGAUAAAUACCUGUGGCCCCAUGGCCUCUGUCCACCCUUUCGUCAUGUGCGCAGGCGUCGCAUCAAGAACGCUAUGAGAUCUAAGACAGUUGAUCCGCCGGAGCCAGAAUUGGUGCGCGAGCUCAAAGCCCUUUUGCGCAUGGAUAACGAAGCAGUGCGUGUGGAAUACGAGGUGCUUACUGAAGACACUACUAUACCAGAUUUGCCAGAAUUGAAUCUAUCCGAUACAUCGACCAGCAGCUCCGAUUCAGAAGAAUCAAAUAAGUAAAUCAAAUAAUUAAUAAUCUCAAUACUAAAAAUAAUUUUAAAUGAAUAUGUAAUCCCUUGUAAUUGAAAUGAAUAUGUACUCUCAUCGACUAUAUCGAUAGCAAGCAAUCAAAAUAAAAUACACGAUACUUAAACAUCUGAGCGUUGAGCUCAAGUUGAAGUGAGAGUGGCUCAAAUAGAA